AUGAGUGUGAAUGUUAUACCUGUUGCAAAUCCACAUCAAAAAAUGGAAGGAAUAUAAAAUGUUAGACCUGAAGAAAUUAAAAAAAUUAUUGAAAAAGCUAAGAAUCUUCCUAGUAAAUAAGAAGGUGAUUUUGUUAAGUUACAAAAUUAUGAAUUUUAAGUUGAUGAAUUUGAAGAAAUGGAAGAUCCUCAAAAGAAUAAUAAGAAAAAUAAAAAGUAACCCAAAAAAGAUUCUAAAAAAGAAGUCUAAGAAUCUAAAGAUAAAGAAGAGCCUGAUCAAUGUAGUGAUAUUGAUUUAAAAAAAUAAUAAAAACCAAAAGCAAAAGAAAUUAAGAAAUAAGAAAAACCAAAAGCAAAAUAAUAGCAAGAAGAAGAUAUUUAAGAUGAAUAAGAUAAUAAUCAAGAAGAAUAAUUAUAAGAAGAAUAAUAAUAAUAAUAAUAAGAUGAAGAAGUUUAACUUAAAGAAAGUGAAAUAGAUUAAGAUGAUAUGUAAAAAUAAUUAGAUGAAUAUGAUGAGCAAAAUAAUCAAUUAUCAUAAUCAUAGGCUUAAGAUAAUUCUUAAAUUUAAUAGUCUUAAAUUUCUUAAAAAUCAUCUAAUUAGAAAAAGAAAAAAUUUUAAUCUGGUUAUGCUGCUAUGAUGGAUGAUCUAUUAAAUGAAUCUGAAGUAUCUAUUAAUGAAGAACAACCUAAAAAUCAAAAAAAAGAAGAAAAUUAAAUGGUUUCAUCUUAAAUAGAUGCGAAAAAAGAAUAAGAAUAUUUAAAGAUUAUUAAAUAAUAUUAAUCAAAAAUUAAAUAACUAAAUGAAGCCAUAGAAUAAUAAAAACAACCAGUUCUUAGUGAAAUAAUUGAAGAUUAAAUUGAAGAUAUUUAAGAAUAACUUGAUAAAACAGAAGAAUCAUUUUCAAAUAAAAAACAUCUAUAUCCAGGUAUUGCUGGAAUUGGAAUAAGUCUAUAUGAUGAAUUUAGAUUACCUUAAAUUAUUGAAGAGUAAGUAUAACAUAGACUUAAAGAAUUGGGUGUUUAAGAUAGAUAAAAUGAAGAAAAUGAAUAAAAAAUAAAAGAUCUUGAAGAGUAACAUUAAGCUGAAUUAAAUAGAAUAAAACAAAAUUAUGAAGAAUAAUUGCAAUAAAUGAAAUUGGAAAUUGAACUCUAAUAAGAAAGAAUAAAAGAGGCAGAAAGAAUGAGAUAUGCAGAAUCAGAAAUUAGUAAAGUUAUAGAUAAAGAUGAAAUUGAAUUAUUAAGAAAUGACCCUUUAUUUUCUGUUAUGAGUUCUAAUCUUGUAUAAUCAGUAGAUUCUAAUGUUUCUUAAUUGAUGAAGGAUGAAAGCAUUUAUUUAAAAUAUAGAGAUGUGUUAUAAUAAUAUAAACCUAAAGCAAAUUAAUUAGAGAAUUGUAUGGAAAUUGUUAAUUCAAAAAUCCAUGAUUUAAUUACACUUAAAGAAGCUUAAGAAUUAAAUUAACUUAAUACAGAUUCAAAUAUAUCUAUCAGUAAAAUUAUGGAUAUUGAUGGAGCUAUUAGACUUAUAGAUUAAAAUUAAAAUGUUAAUUCAGAUAUUGAUUCAUUAAUAACUCCAUCUGAAUAAAUAAAAUUUAAAAAAGAUCCUAAAUAUCAAGAACCUUCUCUACCAAAUUCAAGUAUAGAUUUUUCAAUUCCAGAUAAUUAUAAAUUAUAAAGAAUGAUUGAUAGUGAUUAUAGUAAUUUGGACAUGAAAAUUAAUGAAGAUGGUUCUUUAUUUAUUGAAUUAUAAAAAGAACUUGAAUAAAAUUAUCCAAUGACUGAAUCUAAUAGAUUGAUUGUUUAUCAAUAAAUUAUUUAAGAUUAAAAGUAAGAAUUUGAUAAACAAGUUAAAAAAUUAUAAAAAUUGAAACCAACUUAUAAAUCUAAAUUAUAUUUUGGAGAAUCAAUAGAUUCAUCAAUUGGUUCAUUAGCUAAUGAAUAAGUUCCAAAGAGUAUUAGUAGUAAUAUAAGUAUGAUAAGUAAAUCUUAAUCAAAUGAAUCUAUAAUUGGUUCUGUAGUUAGUAAAAAUGAAAAGGCUGAACUGUAAAAAUAAUGUUAUUCAAAAGAAUCAUCUAUUUCAAGAUUGUAAUUAUCUAAAAAUGAUGUUGAAUAAUUAGAUAAAAUAAGUAGUGGGAUAAGUUAAUUAAAUUCAAUUGUUGAAAGUUACAAUACACAUAAUUAAUCUGUUAGUAGUGGUAUUAGUAAAGUCUUAAAUGAUCAAUAACUUCAAAAAGAGAAAUAUUCUAAUAUUGAUAGUUCUUUAAAUAUAAGUUAAGGAGGAUCUUCAAUAAAAAGUUUCCUUUUACUCAAAAAAUCAGUGAUCUCAAAAAAAUAUUGA